CUUUUCCUUGUUGCUAUGGGAGCCUGCGGUAGGGCCGGACUUCGGGCGAUUCUCCGGUAGGGUCCCCCUCUCCUUUCGUUCCCCCGCGUCCUGGCAGCCGAAGUUACAAGUUCCAGUUCGGGGGUGGGGGAGAAAUCCUUUGUUGUCAUGGUGACGAUAGUAUCGUUGCUCCGGGCAUGCUAGCGAUGUUCUCAGUGGAGCCGGACACGGAGGAGGACAGCCGGAGCAGCAGCGAUGUCCCGUUCCCAAAUCAUCCACAGUGGCCACUUCAUGGUCUCGGAACCCCACGCCGAGUCGGACCCCGAUCCAGACCUCGGUUCCGAAGAGGCCAUAAGCUCGGCCGAUCGAGCGGUUUGUUUAGGCCUGCAAAAAAGCUGCGCGGCCGAGCGAGUCAGAGGGGCCGGAGCGUUAGGGAAGACUGCGGCUGGGAAGGCUGAAAGUGCGACCCAGCAGGGUUUCGGGGCUCCCUACGACAUCGACACGGUGAACCAAGGCACCUGUCAGACCUACCGCUACGGGCCGCGCAGUAGCGGCGCGCUCAAUAUCGACGCCUCCCUCACGAAGCUGUUCGAAUGCAUGACCCUGGCCUACAGUGGGAAAAUUGUAUCUCCCAAAUGGAAAACUUUCAAAGGGCUGAAAUUGCUGCAGCGUGACAAGAUUCGACUCAAUAAUGCUAUUUGGAGGGCAUGGUAUUUACAGUAUGUGGAGAAGAGGCAGAAUCCUGUGUGCAGUUUUGUGACUCCCCUAGAAUGCAGUGACAUAGAGCAGCAUCGCAAGCCUGAGGCUGUCAUCAUGGAAGGAAAAUAUUGGAAACGCCAGGUUGGGGUUGUUAUUAGAGAAUAUCAUAAAUGGAGGACAUUUUUCCAUAUUCAGGAGCAGAAGAAGUUUGACAAACCAAUCUGCGAUCCUAGUCAGGAGGUGUCUGAUGCAAUUUCAGAGGUAGAACUUAACACUGAAACAGCAACUGGGGGACCAAUGGAGCUUGAUCCCUUACAUGAUCUGGAUGUACUUCUGGACACCAUGGUCUCCAGCCGCAACCCUUAUGGUGGUCCCAACUUACGUGGUCUUGCUCACCAGGGUAAUGCUGACAUGAUCCAGCCUACUCUGACCCAACUUCACCCCAAUUUUGGAGAAGAAUUUGUGAAUACUUUGGACCCUAUUCACGAAUUUAUUACGUCUUGUCGUUCUCAGCCUAUAUUCCAGGUUCCUGCACCUCUGCCAGAUGCUACGGCCUUACACCAAGACACCUCAGAUUUGCCUCCAGUUGCACCUCACGCUAAGGCGCUCUCACCAUUGGGAGACCCACUUCUGGAUGUGGAGCUGCCUACACCUCUGACUGGACAGCAGAUCUUCUUGCCAUUCUUCCCUACCUCUCCUCCAAGGAUCAGCCCUCCACCUGCCCCUCCCAUCUUGCACCUUCAGCCACAAACCACAUUUGUCUUUUCUGUCGUCAGUAACACUGGAGUGGAAAAGACCUUGCCAUCCCCUCCUGCGGGAUCUUUUGUUAUGCCAAACUGUGGUUCUACAUCCAAGGGUGGGGGGGUCAGGCAGUUUCAGCGGAUUGCUCCAGCACCUGCUCCUACUCAUCAUCAGCCAGUAACACCCCAGGCCUCCUUCACACCACUACCUACAGCUGGUCUUGUCCCAUUGCCCUUCACUUCAGCUACAAAAUCUGCUCAGAUUUGUGGCACCUCCAAGUUCCCUGCUGAUGUCCUAUUGAGGUCAGUCUCCAUUACAAAGGAGCUUUCACCAGUUCCUGUCUCAGCUGCUGCCUUGCUUGAUACUGGUAAACAUGCUAGGCAUGGUUUGGAAUCGUUUCACAUAUCCUGUUUCAUCUAUUCCUUUACUUUAGUCUAUAUAUAUCACAUUUAGGUGAAAACAGGAUACAAGCCCAUUUAA